AUGGAGAAGUACAGUCAAUUCCGUGAUAGGGGCUCCGGCAUAUCGCCCUUCAUCCCGACAACAACCCCCAGCUCGCCGAUCGCGACGCUCAUGCACGCGGGCAUCUUCCUCUUCCGCCUGCCGCUCUUCGUCUUCUACUUCGCCUUCUACUUCCUGGUGCUGGACUGGCUGCCGCUGCCGCAGGUGGCGCGCAAGCUGCUGCUGUGGACCAUGCUGGGCAUACCGGGCAUCUGGUGGGUAGACCUGCAGCUCGACGGCGUGAAGCGCGGCGCGCUGUCACAGCAGCCCGACACGCGGUUCCCCGGCGACCGCAGCGUCAUCGCCGCGCAGUUCACGAGCCCCGUCGACGCUAUCUACCUGGCCGCCAUCUUCGACCCCAUCUUCACCGUGUCGUACCCCGGCACGCAGAAGGUGCAGCGCGUCUCGCUCUUCCGCGCCGUCGUGCUCGCGCUGUCGCCGCCCGUCCUGGCGCCCCCUCCCGCGUCGUCGGGCCUGACCACCGUGCGCGCCCUCGUCGAGCAGAACCCGCGCCGCGUCGUCGCCGUCUUUCCCGAGAUGACGACCACGAACGGCAAGGGCAUCAUGCCGUUCUCGCCCUCGGUCCUGUCCGCGCCGUCCGACGCCCAGAUCUUCCCCGUCAGCAUGCGCUACACGCCGCCCGACAUCGCGACGCCCGUGCCCGGCGCCUACGCCACGUUCCUGUGGAAGCUGCUCAGCAAGCCCACGCACUACAUCCGCGUGCGCAUCGCCCAGGGCAUGCCCAACACGUCGGCCGCGGCGACGAACGGGGCCGCCGACCGCCCUCCGGAACCAGAUAGGGAUACGGAGGAGUGUGGCGGGGAGGACUCAACAACCGAGGAGCAGCGGGUCAUCGACCGGAUCGGCAAGGCGCUCGCACGGCUUGGCAGGAACAAGCGCGUAGGACUGACUCUGCGCGACAAGGCGGCGUUUAUCGAGGCGUGGAACAAAAGGAAAUGA